GUUGCCAGAAAGAGACGGCGUAGGCUUCUGACUGGACGCGCUGCGUCUGAGUCUGUGGUCGCGCGCUCUUCGUGAGGUUGUAAGAACCAGACUCCGGCUUCUGGGCUGUAGGGCCUAAGAAGAAUCUUGUCAGGGCGGCUUGAGAACGAAUAGGGGCGUCCAGGCAUUGUCGUCAUCCCACUCAGCGCCAUGUCUUGGUUUAAGAGGGAUUCUGUUUGGAAGUACUUACCAACUGUACAGUCUAGAGUCCAAGGAAAUUGUCCACGCCUACCAUAUCCAAAUUUCUUUCCACGUUUUGAAUUCCAAGAUGUUUUUCCUUCAGAUGACUUCCUAACUAGUGAUGAAGAGUUAGAUUCAGUUUUUUUUGGAACUUUACGAGGUCACGUGGUUGGGCUACGCUAUUACACAGGACUAGUUAAUGAUAAUGAAAUGGUUGCAUUACAGCGAGAGCCUAAUAACACUUAUGAUAAGAAUGCUAUUAAAGUAAAUAAUGUGAAUGGAGAUCAGGUUGGCUAUUUAAAGAAAGAUCUUGCAAUUGCUCUGGCCUAUAUCAUGGACAACAAAUUGGCCCAAGUGGAAGGGGUAGUUCCUUUUGGUGCAAGUAAUACUUUUACCAUGCCUCUGCAUAUGACUUUUUGGGGGAAAGAAGAAAAUAAAAAAGAAGUUUUAGAUCAGUUGAAGAAACAUGGAUUUAAACUGAGUCCUCCACCAAAAGCUGUAAGAUUUAGUUUGGAAAGUUCUUGGAACUGCAGAAGAGCUGGACCAAGCUAUAGUAUGCCAGUUCAUGCUGCAGUACAGAUGACAGUUGAACAGCUUAAAACAGAAUUUGACAGAUUGUUUGAAGAUUUAAAAGAAGAUGAUAAAACUCAGGAAAUGGAACCAGCUGAGGCUAUUGAAACACCAUUGCUUUCACAUCAGAAACAAGCUCUAGCUUGGAUGAUUUCACGAGAAAACAGUAACGAACUUCCACCAUUCUGGGAACAGCAUAAUGACUUAUACUAUAACACAAUAACAAAUUUUUCUGAGAAGGAACGACCAGAAAAUGUCCAUGGGGGAGUUUUAGCUGAUGAUAUGGGCUUGGGUAAGACUCUUACAGCCAUUGCAGUAAUUCUUACCAAUUUCCAUGAUGGCAAGCCUCUUCCUGUUGAAAGAAUUAAGAAUCAACUAAAGGAGGAGUAUAAGGAAUGUAGUGUUCACCAUGAGUCUAUGGAACUUGGAACAAAUAGUACCAGUGAAAAUGCAGGUGGCCUAAGCACAGAAGUAGAAGGAUCUGGAUGUAAUGAAGAACCCAGUAUUUCACAUACCAAGACGAAUGAGUGUUCUGUAUUAAAUUUUUUUAGCUCUCAGUCCAAAAGAAGAAAAAUUAUUGCCCAGUACACUGAAAGCAGUGAUUCAGAGGAAACUGAAGCCAGUGAAUUGCCACAGAAGAAAAAAGGAAAACUGAAAAAUGUGCAGUCAGAUAAUAAAAGGCUAAAAGAUCAUAUGGACCAGUUUGGACAACAUAUAAAAUCAGAAGUACAUUUGAAUUUUUAUGUUUAUUAUGGUCCUGAUCGUAUUAGAGACCCAGCCUUGCUUUCAAAACAAGAUAUUGUUUUGACUACAUACAAUAUUUUGACUCACGACUAUGGAACUAAGGGCAAUAGUCCGCUGCAUGGCAUAAAGUGGCUAAGAGUGAUCUUGGAUGAAGGACAUGCCAUAAGAAAUCCAAAUGCCCAGCAGACAAAAGCUGUAUUUAAUUUGGAAGCAGAAAGAAGAUGGGUAUUGACAGGUACUCCUAUCCAGAAUUCUUUAAAGGACUUGUGGUCCCUUCUUUCCUUUUUAAAGCUGAAACCAUUUCUUGAUAGAGAAUGGUGGCACAGAACAAUACAGCGUCCUGUUACAAUGGGAGAUGAAGCAGGACUUAGGCGCUUACAGUCCCUAAUUAAAAAUAUCACACUUAGACGAACAAAGACAAGCAAAAUUAAAGGAAAACCUGUUUUGGAGUUACCAGAACGUAAAGUAUUCAUUCAGCACAUUACACUUUCAGAUGAAGAGAGAAAGAUGUAUGAAUCUGUGAAAAUUGAAGGCAAAGCUACUAUUGGAAGGUAUUUUAAUGAAGGAACUGUCCUUGCACACUACGCAGAUGUGCUGGGUCUUUUGCUUAGAUUGCGACAGAUUUGUUGCCAUAUCCACCUUCUUACUAAUGCAGUGACAUCUAGUGGUCCCUCAGAAAAUGAAACACCUGAAGAACUGAGAAACAUGUUAAUAAAGAAGAUGAAGUUUAUUCUGAGCUCUGGUUCAGAUGAAGAAUGUGCAAUUUGCCUGGAUUCUUUGACAGUUCCAGUGAUUACACAUUGUGCACAUGUGUUUUGUAAACCUUGUAUUUGCCAAGUCAUUCAGAAUGAGCAGCCACGUGCUAAAUGUCCCUUAUGCAGAAAUGAUAUUGAUAGAGACAAUUUACUAGAAUGUCCUCCAGAAAAAUUGGCAUGUGACAGUGAGAAAAAGUCUAACAUGGAAUGGACAUCCAGUUCAAAGAUUAAUGCUCUAAUGCAUGCUUUGAUUGACUUAAGAAAGAAGAAUCCCAACAUAAAGAGUUUAGUUGUUUCUCAGUUUACAGCGUUCCUGUCUUUAAUAGAAACACCACUUAAAGCCUCUGGAUUUUUGUUUACUCGUUUGGAUGGUUCCAUGGCCCAAAAAAAGAGAGUUGAAUCAAUGCAGUGGUUUCAAAACACUGAUGAAGGAUCUCCAACUAUAAUGCUGCUGUCCUUAAAAGCAGGUGGAGUUGGUUUGAAUCUUUCUGCAGCUUCUCGAGUGUUUUUAAUGGACCCAGCCUGGAAUCCUGCUGCUGAAGAUCAGUGCUUUGACAGAUGCCAUCGACUUGGCCAGAAACAAGAAGUUAUUAUCACAAAAUUCAUUGUGAAGGAUUCUGUGGAAGAAAAUAUGCUGAAAAUACAAAACACAAAAAGAGAACUUGCAGCUGGAGCUUUUGGAACUAAGAAGACAAAUGCUAAUGAAAUGAAACAAGCUAAAAUUAAUGAAAUAAAAACUUUAAUUGAUUUAUAAUAUGUGGGAUAUCAGUAAGGUCCGUUUUAUUAGAUAUGUAAAUGCUGGAAAUGAGAAAACAGAUUUAGGGAUAAGAUCUAGAAUGUCUUCUAUGAGGAACAUACUGUUUUAUAUUAGUAAACAGGUAUUACACAUAAUGUCUUUUAUAAUAUGGAUGUAUUUUUAAUAUUUCAAAUAGCAAUAAUUUCUGUUAUAUAUUGUGACCUAAAAUAAUUUUUUGAGAUAAACGGUUACUUUGUUAUUCAACUUCUCAUAGAUAACCCUAUGCUGAGUUUUUUACAUAUAUCUUCUAAGUACUCAGCUUUUUCAUAUUUCAAAUGUCUUUUAUUCUUUGAAUAGUGAAGACUUUAGUAUGUAGGACACAUUUGGUUUUUCAACAAAGCCUGAUUUGUGUUACAGUAGAUUCAUGUAAAGGAUUUAUGUGAUUUUAUUGGACUUUCAAACCAUAUUUGCAUUCCAAAACCAAAUCUUAAAAGACCAAAGUCUAGGCUAAAAAGUUACUUGGAAUUUUUCUUUUAAACAACUUCAUUGAGAUUUAGUUUAUAUAGGUAACUUUCUUUCCCCCAGUACUAGGGAUUGAACUCAGGGCCUUCACAGUGAGUUAUAUUAUCAGUCUUGCAAAAAUGAUUAAAUUAACCAUGGUCGGCUUGAGCUUGUGAUCAUCUUGUCUUAGCCUCCUGGAGUGCUAGGAUUAUAGGCAUGCUCCAUCACACCUGGCUCCUGUUUCUUGCACAAGCUUGGGUUUUGAAAAAAUUAGGGUCUGUGUUAGAACAGUUUUCUCUACUUUAGUCAAGUGGUACUACGUUAUUUAAAUGUAACUUGAUAUAAACACAGGAUGUAAAUAGUCAAUAGUCUGUGGAGUAAGAAGGAACCAGUUCUACCCAAUUUAAUUUGAAUAUCUAAAUUAUGGAAUUUGCAUAGAUAUUUCUAUAAAUAGAUAAUUUUUAUUUAUGUAGCUUUUGGGGAAAUAAGUCUAAAUUUUUAUAAUUCAGAAGACUGCUGUAUGUGAGAGGCGUGAUAUCUGGAUGGAAGUUGGGCUGGAUGACCUCCAAAGUCAUUUCAACUUAAAGACAUCUUAAUCCUGAAUGUAAAAAUUUGUUACAUGUGUUUGAAGUCAGAAUUUGAUUUUGUAACUUCGGCAAUCCAUUCCUGUAUUUUUGCUGUUGUUAUAAGCAAACUCAUAGUAGUUGCCACAGAAUUCUAGAUGACUUCUGGGUCAUAUUUAAAAGAGAAAUUUAGCAAUUAUGUUAACUAGUCCGUGGUUUUAUUUAUUUAAAGAAAGUUUUUAAAUCCAAAGAGAUUAAUUACUAUAAGAGAGGCUUCAUACUUAAUACAGUCUUAAGAACACUUAAAAUUUUACUUAUAGUGUAAGUAUACUAUAAGUCCACACAGGCCACUUGUGUUACAGGGCACCUAUCUAAAGUAUACAUCAAACAUGUUACCACCUAAGUCUUUUCCUCCUUGGAUCCUGUCUUAUUCCAAGGAAAAACAUUAGCCUUCAAGAAUAUUCUCAAGUCUCUUUUUUUUCCUCAGAGGCAACAGGGAAAGAAGAGGGCUUAUUUUCAUUAACAUCAAGAAAGAUCUUUCUGCAGGGUGGAGAGAGAAUUAACUUGGGGUUAGUCAGGAAGAAUUAGGAGUUCUAAGGAAAUUCUUCACCUUGUAGGUCUAGUGUUAAACAAAAAAAUCAGGUUGAUUAGGAUCUCAUUAAAUGUGGCAUAUGGUUUCUCUGUACCAAUAUUCCAGUGAGAUUAAGAUUAAGAGAAUUUUCUGAAAGAAAUUUUCAAAAGAGCCUGUUUGUCUUGACAAGAGAAGCAGAACCAUCCAGGUUUAACUAUAAAGGCGAGUUGUCUUACCCGAAUAUUUGAGUUCUGCUUUUAAACAUGUAAGCAGGUCAUUUAAAAAUGGUUUUUGUUUUUAUAUAGUCCUAUUAUGUGGUGGUAAAUAGUUUAAUUCAUUUUAAGAAAACACAAACCACUGCGUUUAUGCUGUUCUUUUAUUGUAUAGAAUAAUAGCUUUAGAAAUAUAUUGAAAGCAUUGUAUUUCCCGUUGUGGUUCAUUGAAGUUUGUGGUUUAAACUGGAUUUUGUUUUAAAUUUAAAAUAAAUGUUUAAAAAACUAUUACUUUCCUAAGUGCCAUGAUUUGACUAUCCUCUAUUUUUUAAACUUUAUCCUCGUUAAAUGCAAUUUUAAAUUUCAUUUCUAUUGAGAUAUAUUUCAGUGUUUUACCUGACUGCACAUACAAAAUACUGUAAUAAUCAUAUUAAUGUUUUAUUUUGCUCAGUUUAACUGGUUGAAACUUGUUCAGAAGUGAGUGAAUAAAAUUUAACGUUAAUUUUAAAGGUUUUGAUCUUAACAAAACCAGUGAAUUUCUUCAUUGGUAAGAAAAAAAUUGUGCUAAUACAUAUACAAAUAGCACUCUAAACCACUGUAUGUUUUGCUCUCAAAAGUAUAACUAGAUUGGAAAUAAGGGAGAAAAUAUCCUGUAUAUCUGUAAGAACUUGCAAACCUACCCUAGGCAGUGAAACCUUCAUGUUAGGCUCUGUCAAAGACAUUGGCAUUUUUUUCCUUUAAGUACUUUCCAAAGUUCUUCAUUCUUAGCCUUCUGAUGAGAGUCAUAAAACACAUGACAGAUUUGAUGUCUGACUCAUAAUAACUUCACCUUAAAUGUUUAAUACACUAAGUUGAUAAUUAUAGUAUUUGCCAAAGUUUCAGUGAGAAAUUAUCAGGUGGAAAGGGAAUUAAGGCUAAUAUUCACUGUAUGCAUGAAUCAGACUUUGAUAAAGCAUUGAGAUGAUCCCCAAAGGAAAGAAAUAGAUUUGGCCUGUGAGUCAGCUAGUUUGUCUUAUGGCCACGGUUUGUCUGUCAUACCUACCACUGUUCACAAAGGGAUUUUUUAAAGGGUAUGUUGAUAGCCUUCACUGAUGUAAUUUGAGCCACUACCUUUUUAUGUAUUUGGUACAGGGUCUCACUAUGCAGCUUGGACUCACAGUGAUCCUGUUUCAGCCUCCACAAGG